AUGCAACAGUCAAGACUAUCAGUUAAUUUCUUUGAGAAAAACAGUAGACAACUUUUAUUUGAAGACCAAAGUAAGGAUCGAACUCACUUUUCUUGUUCUGAUGACGGGAUGCCCACAGACCUGCCUACAAUCAAGUUGUUUCUUACCACUGACAAUUUGAAAGUCUACUGUUUCUUCCAAAAUGAAAAUCACAGUCCUUCAAAGGAAAUUUUGGGUCGUUUUACAUCAGGAGGCCUUGCUCCCAACAUGAUAAUUAUGAACAGUACAUACUACGGUGGCUACAAUUUUAAAUUAACUCCGUUCAGUAAUCAGCUUCAGUGGAUAAUUGAUAUUCCUAGAGAAAACAUCACAGUAAACACAGACAUCGCAGCUAUAGAACAAUGGAUUAUAAAGAUCACAAUGCAUGAAGGAUUAAACAUUUAUGAUACUGACGGGACCUUAUUGGAUCUUGUCCGAGAGCCUAUUCUUCAAUGGAAUCUUGGAACUGUACUUAGUGAGAUGGAGUUCAAAAAAUUAUAUCCAGAGGUGCAAGACAUCAAAGUGACAAGGAGCCCCUGUGCCAAUGAUGUGGCUUUAAUGGGCUUAAUUAUGAAGCCAUCAUCUAAUGGUGUUUACAUAGGCAAAACCAUUUCCGGAUUUUGGACCUAUGAGGAAUGCAUAUGGCAUAAUCUGACAAAAAUCAUCUAUGCAGAACUUAAUGAUGAACACCAAGGACUCACAGUGAUAGAUUUGGUUUUAACAAAUCAUUUUUUAGUUAUCCUAACCUCUUUGGGUCUUUAUGUAAGUAGUGAUCUUCGUUAUCCAACCACUUCACAGAUAAAGCUUUCAAGAGCAGAGUUUUGUGGAUUUGAAAAGGGUGACUAUAUCAGAGGAAAACUGUGGUAUAAUGAAAGAUGUUUUGCAAACAGAGAAAGUUUUGAAGUUGAUUAUGUGAUUAUCACUUUCAACAGAAACAGGACCCUCAGUGAGUCCAGUUCUUGCUUUUUCAGUAAAGAACCAUUUCUUCAGUGGUUACCUUGCUUAUAUUCUACUUCUAAAAAUGAAGGAUCCACUCCACAUGUGAUAACAUUUCUUAUUGACCAAGAAACUGAAAGUGGAAUUUAUCUCUUACAUAUGCAAGAUACCAAACAGACCUUUGUCACUGUAUCUAUGCUCAAGGAUGGGAAACCAAGUCCUAGACCCAAAUUUCCUAGUUACCAAUUUCCUUCCACAUUCAUUCAUCCAGUUGGAAUGGUGUUUCAUCCCCGAAGCCACUUUCUGUAUGUUUAUGGCAAUCAGAUAUGGCUUUCAAUGGAUGGUGGCAAUUCUUUUGAAAUGCUGUGUAACUUGUUCUCACACUAUAUAAAAAAGACUUCUCACAGCUCUUAUACUUUAGAUAUUAUUUAUAUUGGAGAAGAUGGAACUAUUUACAUGACAAAGGCAGGAUUAAAAAGAUAUACUAUAUUGGGGAAAUUUGAUGAUGAAGUUUUCACAGUGUACUAUGAUCAUCUGGGAUACAUACACAAACUGACUCCACAAAACUUUGAUGCUGGUACAAAUCUUUUAGGGCAUGGAAAUUCUCACGCUAUUUUUGGAAAGUCGCCUGAUUUGGCAAUUAGAACUGCUCUAGCUCCACAAUAUAUCUCCUCCAAAGAAAUGUUUUUGUUUGCAUAUGUACCUCUGAAUGUGCCUAAAGACAUACAGUGGAAAAAGAGAUUUAAAAAUCUUCAACUUGGGAAAAUGGUCAAGUUAAGUAAAGCUGGAAUUGCUUAUAUUAUAAAUGUAUUUAUACAUGAAGAUGAGCCUGUGGGAUUUCAGUCAUCAAUUCACAUAAAAUUAAUGGACCCAUUUUCGAUGGAAAAUGAAACAGAGAGCCCUUGUUUACUUAACAAUAUUGAAAUUAAAUAUUCUGGAAAAAUAUACUACACACUUACACUUCAAAAAAAAGAUCCCAACUAUGCGUUUAAAGCUUCAGAUGUAGAAAAGACUGUGUUAGUACCUGGCCAUAGUAGCUUCUUGAUCACAGAAAUUAAGGAUCAAUGGACUGCUUCAGCCUUGGCUACUAUGCCUAAAACAAUAAAAUCAACAUUGAACUUUUCAGAAGGCUCUUGGUUCAUAUUCAACUUUGGCACAGUUGGAGGACAGGCUUGGACCAUAACCUCAAAACCAUGUAAUUAUUGGAUUCAAGAAGAUAGUCAUGAUUUUAUGUCUCUUAAUCUUGUGAAGUAUAUUGAUGUGGGAAACAAAAUAGAUUAUAAAUUUAAGUUUAUUCCAAAGUCAAAAGGUUUAACAACAUAUCCUAUCCCUUCAGUCUCUAUGCUGGUUGGAAACCCAGCAUUGGUGGAAGUUAAGACACAAGGUACCUUUGACCUCAAUGAUAAUUAUUAUCUGAAUGUUCACAUAGCUGGCAAAUUUUUUCAAAAAGGUUUCACAACACUAACACUGAAUGUUUGGGAGGGAUCAGGUUCAUGCAUGACUACUGCACUUCUGUUAACCAUAAAGAGCAGCUGCAGUUACCUCAAGACUAUGAAACACACUCCUGGCAGAAACAUACCACCUAAAGACUGGAUUAGUGGAGUUCACAAGGACAGUCAUGGUUUCAAUAUGAUCAAAACUCUGCCGAUAAACUACAGACCUCCAUCUCAUAUGGGAAUUUCUAUUCCACUCACAGAUAAUUUUUAUCAUGCAGACCCUAGCAAACCCAUACCUAGAAAUCUAUUUCACAGGUCAAAGGAAACUGGUAAAUACAAACAGUGUGCUAAUGUUACCAAUCGGGCAAUGUGCAACUGCUCAGAAUAUCAAAAGGUUGCAGAUAAUGUUGCUUUCUCAGAUUGCAAAGAAAAGGUUCAUCGUUUCAAGUUUCCAGUCACACAAUACCCAGUUGUUCUGGAAAUUUUCAAUGAAAACGAUAAAGUCUCUGUGGAACCUCCAUAUUUAGUUACCAUGACUGAAGUGAAUAUGAGGGAAAACUGGCAACUAAAACACAGUGAGCCAGAAAACGUUAAGAAAAUGAAGGAUUACUUAGAGCCACUGCUUAAGACUCCAGUGUAUAAUCCUUUAGGCCUCAACUUAACCAUAAAGGGCUCUGAACUGUUUCACUUCAAGGUGUCUCUGGUUCCUGGAGUCAGCUUUUGUGAAUUAAAUGAAGAAUUCCAGAUUUAUGUCGACGACGUACCAUUGCCUUUUCCUGGACACACACUAAUAGCUGUUGCAACAUCUGUAGUGCUAGGGGGAUUAAUUUUUAUAGCAUUUGUGUUCCAGCUGCGUAACAUCCACCCACUGAGAGCAUUGAAGAGAUGUAUUAGGGGAAAUCCCACAUUUACCUCAACUACAACUGUCAGCCCAUAA